AUGCAAAUCCGAAAUCCGAAAUCUGGGAUUAACUUUCUAGCAAAAUCGGAAACAAAGAUUCACCUAAUUUUCGAUUCAACCCAAGCACAGAGCCUAAUAACAGAGCAAAUCCGACGCUCAAAUCACAUACCUGAGAUUCGCUCCAGAAAUCGCCGACGAGAGAGACAGUGGACAACGAAGCUGAUAAGAGACGAUGACGAGUCGGAUCAACAAACGACGUUGAGAAGAAGAAACGACGUUGAGAAGAAGAAGAUCGAUCUUAAGAAGAAGAGAACAUCCACUGACCUGCUAAAUCGAGCUGCUAUUGAAUCUUCUCUGCAACUCCAAGAGAAUGAACAGCGUAGAUUCUGUGAUGAUGAAGAUUCAGCAACAUAA